AUGGACAAGACGAUGAACCAGCAGGAGUACGUGACAGUCAAAGGUGAGCGUUACGACACCAAGCGUCCGAAGGAUUCCGAAAUCCUCAAAGGCGAUGGCUCGUUCAUGGACAAGACGAUGAACCAGCAGGAGUACGUGACAGUCAAAGGUGAGCGCUACGACACCAAGCGUCCGAAGGAUUCCGAAAUCCUCAAAGGCGAUGGCUCGUUCAUGGACAAGACGAUGAACCAGCAAGAGUACGUAACAGUGAAAGGCGAGCGUUACGACACCAAGCGUCCGAAGGAUUCCGAAAUCCUCAAAGGCGAUGGCUCGUUCAUGGACAAGACGAUGAACCAGCAGGAGUACGUGACAGUCAAAGGUGAGCGCUACGACACCAAGCGUCCGAAGGAUUCGGAAAUCCUCAAAGGCGAUGGCUCGUUCAUGGACAAGACGAUGAACCAGCAAGAAUUUGUAAAGCGUACACCAAGUCAAGGGAGCGCGCCAGCGUCCGGGACCGAAAUCCUCAAAGGCGAUGGCUCGUUCAUGGACAAGACGAUGAACCAGCAGGAGUACGUGACAGUGAAAGGCGAGCGUUACGACACCAAGCGUCCGAAGGAUUCCGAAAUCCUCAAAGGCGAUGGCUCGUUCAUGGACAAGACGAUGAACCAGCAGGAGUACGUGACAGUCAAAGGUGAGCGCUACGACACCAAGCGUCCGAAGGAUUCGGAAAUCCUCAAAGGCGAUGGCUCGUUCAUGGACAAGACGAUGAACCAGCAGGAAUACGUAACAGUCAAGGUGAGCGUUACGACACCAAGCGUCCGAAGGAUUCGACCUCAGGGACGGGCCGGCUCGUUCACGGACAAGACAAUAAACCAGCAAGAAUUUGUAACUGUGAAGGGAGAGCGUUACGACACCAAGCGUCCGAAGGAUUCCGAAAUCCUCAAAGGCGAUGGCUCGUUCAUGGACAAACAAAACAGAUAG